GGACGACUGUGGGAAUCGAAUAACAUAACUAUUUUGAAUUAAGGUUAAUCAAAAAGCAUGGAUUUUGUGCUCAGAAUGGUUUUCCCUCUGUUUGUUCUUUCUUUUGGGCAGUUAAUAAGCGUUAGUAAUGGACAGGGUGAGAGACCAUAUAAUAGCAUGAUUAAAGUUAAUAAUGGAGGGAAAUGGGGCUCAUGGGGGAGAAUAGAGAUGUGUCCCGCUGGAACCUAUGCUAUAGGCUUUGGUCUCAAAGUUGAACAAUCACAAAAAGGGGGAGAUGACACAGCCCUAAAUGGAAUUUCCCUUCGCUGCAGCGGACCCUCAUUGGAUACUCCAUCCUCUGCUACAGUCCGGUCUGAUGAAGGAAGCUGGGGGUCUAUGACACAGGACACUUGGUGCAGCAGCGGUGGAGUGUUAACGUCAUUUCAGCUACGUGUAGAAGGCCCUCAAAGAUUUGGUGAUGAUACUGCUGCCAACAACAUUAAGUUUAAGUGCAGCUCGGGAGAAAUACUCACCGGCGAUGGCAUGUCCUGGGGACGAUGGGGUGAAUGGAGUGCUUGUUGUCAUGGGGAAAAGAUCUGUGGGAUCCAAACAAGAGUUGAGCGUCCACAGAGAGUUAAAGAUGACACCGCCCUUAAUGAUGUGCAAUUUUAUUGCUGCUCCUAAGUAAAUGAAGGCGGCAUGGAGAAAAAAUAAAUAAAAAGGACCUUCUUCCUCCAUCCUUAUUCUGCUUUGUCUCAUAAUGGAAAUUUCCCUUUCUAUCAUUUACUACUUUGCAUCUAAACCUUUAAAUGCAUAAAUAUAAUCAUGAGCUGCAUAUAGAUUUCUGUCAUUCCAGUGACU